AUGUCUUCAAUGGAUAUCGACGACAUCCUCGCCUCCGUCGACCGCGACAACUACGCCUCCUCGCCCGAAUCCACGGCGCUCGACCACCAGCAGUUGACGCGCCUAUGGGUUGCAGAGCGCGGCGUUUCGGAGCUGCUGCCAUGGCCUGGAUCCUUGAUGGAAAGGAUGAUGGAGAGGGUCCGGAAGCAGGUCGAAAAUAUAGAAGAUCUAACAGCCUCUUCAUACGAGAACUCGAUGGACAACGACAGCUAUAAUAAUAAUAACAACAACACGACGACCAGCACGAAUAAUAUAAAUAAUACCAACCCCAAACAAACCCUCAACCUGAAACUAUCAAUCCUCCAAACCGACCUGUCACGAACUCAAUACCUCAUUCGCUCUUAUCUGCGCCAACGCCUGUCUAAAAUCACCAAGUUCGCCAUGCACUACCUAGUGCUUGUAUCAUCGUCGUCGUCGACACAACAAACAAAUAAUAGCAUCGACGCAGGGACCAGAACGGAGGAUACAAUCCCCGAUAUAUCAUCGUUAUCAUCAUCUUCUUCUUUAACGGCUCCUCUAUCCCCCUCAGAAGCCCAGUUUCUCUACUCGCAUCAGUACCUGCUCGCUUCGCAUUACCGCCUUAGCUUCCUCGCCUCCUUUCCGCCGCAGCUGAGACGUUUGGAUGAUAAUGCGGGUGGGACGAGUAUGAUACAGGGUCCCGAUAUGAAAGAGAUUGUCUUUGUGCGCGUGUUGGUGCCUGAAGUUACGCUUGUCGUGCCUGCUGAUGAGACUUAUCCGGAUGAGGCGUUUGGGACGACGAUGAGGAUGGGCGAGGUUUGGGCGGGGAGAUGGGAGGGUAUUAAGAGGGCGUGGGAGAGGGGCGAGGUUGAAGUUUUAUAA